GAGCGGCAAUGCCAUCUGUGACGGAUCUUCCGGUUACAAAUAGGCCGUGUCCUCGUCCUUGAUCUGCACGUACUGUACUGUGGCACUUGGUGGACCGGAGGUACACAUUUGUUUCGAAAAUGGUUGCUUACUGGAGACAAGCAGGGCUGAGUUACAUCAGGUACUCGGCUAUCUGCGCAAGGGUCGUGCGGGCAGCCCUGAAGCCAGAGUUCAAAGUAGAGGCGAUUAAAAACGCAGAAUCCAAUGUAAAGGUCACUAAAAUGAAGACUGCAUAAUGAGCUGUAAUUUAAACCCUGCGAUCCCAUUCCUCCAAAUAGAUUUUCCUACUACAGAUUUCAUCAUUUGUGGCUGAAAUAAUAUCUGCAAUUCUGAUGACCUGAUGAAUGAAAAUAGAUCUGUUCAGUUGAUAAUAAAUUAUGAAGAGCCUCAAACUAAAA